AUGGCUGACGAACACGACUUUGACAUCGACAUCUACGGCGAUGACCAAGAUCCGAGUGCACAGCAAGACGAACCUCAGACCGACUCAAACGCUGAACCUACAAACGGUACAGCGGAGAAUGCCAAGGGAGAUGACGGCGACACGCAGAUGAAGCAGGAGCCCCCCAGUGACGCAGCAAACAGUAACAAACAAGACGGCACUAGCACACAACAAAUCGCGAGCACUGGUGGUUCCGCGGGCCAGGACGUGCAUCGGCAAGCGCCGCAGAAGCAAGGCAUGAAGCGUAAGCAAGGUGAAGACGAUGACAGACCGACUGAUCCUGGUGCCACAGCGGCCUUGAUGGUGAAUGAUGUAAACUGGUGGAUCAGCGAGGAAGACAUUCGUGGAUGGGCCAACCAGAGUGGAUGUGAAGACGAGCUAGUCGAGGUUACUUUUAAUGAGCAUAAGGUCAAUGGCAAGAGCAAAGGUCAAGUUUAUGUCCAGCUACAAACACCACAAGCUGCGACUGCGCUGAAGCACCAGAUUGACAAUCUCUUCAAGGACCAAGCGCACACGAAGAAGCCUACAGCCAUAUUCAAUCCCCCGCACGUCAACCCUUUCAAGACCCUACCCAAGGACGUACCGGCUCGCGAGAAGGGCAGGAAUGAUCGCGCACUGUCUUCAAAUUACAGCAACCAAGGAGUCGGCAAUUACAACAGGGGAGGGUACAACAACAAUCGUGGCGGCUUCAACAGCAACAGAGGCAACAAUAUGGGUUAUCAAAACAACCGCAACUUCCCCAGCCCAGUCGGUGGGCCCAUGGGUAACAACAUGGCCGGCGGCUACGGGGCUCAGACGCCCAUGAAUGGCUUUAACAACCCCAUGGCUGGCGGCAUGAAUGGCUUUGGGGGCUUCAACAAUCGCGGUGGUAUGAUGGGCAAUAAUAUGCGCGGCGGCAUGAACAACCGCGGUCGUGGCGGUGGCAUGGGUAUGAACACCAUGGGUGCAAAUCCUAUGGGCAUGGGCAUGCCAAUGGCAAACAAUAUGAUGGGCAUGGGCGGAAACAUGAUGGGUAUGGGUGGCAACAUGGGCAUGAUGGGAGGAAUGGGCGGCGGAUUCGCCGGUAGUCCCCAAGGCUUCAACACAGGCUUCUUCCAAGGCAAUCAGGGCGGUGCCGGCAACGACGGUAGCUGGCAGAAUCCGCAUGGUGCCAAACGUCCACGGCCAGAGUAG